AUGGCUGAGGCACGCAGUGCUGCCGCGCUUUCAUUCGCCGGUAAGCUCGAGUUUUGCACAAAAUCUGUUCGAAACAUUUAUUUUUCAGUGACCCACGAUGGAGUCUCGGUGAGCUACGACCAGGAGUUGCUCCGCGACAUUUGGCAUGGAAUCAGCCGCGCGUAUAAGCGAAGAGCCGGUCGUUUUAAGAACGACUUCAUGAACGGAGCGUUCCCGGCGAACUCGUGGACGCUCGGCGUCGUCGUGGCCGCCGUCGCCGUGUUUUCGGUGCUCAAGCACGAUCUCUCGUUCGGAAUCUUUCCGUUCAUUCAGAAUUAUAUAGUUCACUACGUUUUUGGGUUAGUUUUCAGGCGAUUCAUCCCCGGAAUCCAACAAUUUGCCUUUUUCAGAGAUGGAAUUAUCGGCCAAUCGAUAUCGAUCGUGCUCGCCGGUGGUCUCCUCUGGCUCAUCUUUGUUCAACUGCUCCGUCUGAGCAUCAAAACGCUGCUGGAGUACAAGGGAUGGAUGUACGAGUCGCCCGGAAAGCCGGUGUCGAAGGCGACGAAGCUGUGGCUCGGAGUUCUGCACAUCAUUUCGAAGGCCGGUCCGAUGCUCCACUCGUUCCAGGGAGCGCUUCCGCGUCUUCCGCUGCCGAAUUUGGAUGAUACCGUCAAGAAGGUAAUACUUUGGCGCCAAGUAUUCUUCUAAAAGUUUGUUUUUCAGCACCUCAUCUCGAUGAAGCCGAUUCUCAGCGAAGAAGAGUACCAGGAGCUCGAUUUUCUGUCAGAGCGCUUCCGAAAGGGAGUCGGCCGACGUCUCCAACGCUACCUGACGCUCAAGUCGUGGUUCUCGACCAACUAUGUGACCGACUGGUGGGAGGAGUACGUCUACAUGCGCCAGCGUUCGCCGAUCAUGAUCAACUCGAACUAUUACGGAUUCGACACGCUCAACGAGCACCCGACGAGCAACCAGGCGUCGCGAGCCGCCAACCUCACGUACACUUCGCUGCAGUUCCGCCGAAUGGUCGAUCGGCAGGAGGUGUCGCCGUUCUCGAUCUCGCCGCGCACGAAGGUUCCGUUCUGCACGAUGCAGUACGAGCGACUGUUCAACACGUGCCGAGUGCCCGGAGAGGAGGUGGAUCGACUGCUGCACUGGGACGACGCGAAGCACGUGGCGGUGUACUGCAGAGGCGUCUGGUUCAAGGUUAUCGUGCACAACGGAAAGCGGCUUCUCGAGGCGUGCGAGCUCCAGGUGCAGUACGACGCAAUCUACUCGCACACGCACGAACCGUCGGAAGGCGAGAAGCAUCUCGCCUCGCUGACCGCCGGAGAACGCGCCGAUUGGGCCAAGACUCGCCGGGCGUACUUCCGCAGCGGCGUCAACAAAACCUCGCUAAACGACAUCGAACGUGCUGCGUUCGUGGUGAUUCUCGACGACGAGGAAGUGCACUACGACCCGCAGGAUCCGGCAAAACUGGACCAGUGGGCGCACAACUUGCUGCACGGAAAGGCGUACGAUCGCUGGUUCGACAAGUCGUUCAAUCUGAUCAUCUCGAAGAACGGACACGUCGGAAUCAACACGGAGCACUCGUGGGGAGACGCGGCCGUCAUGGCCCACUUCACCGAAUGGUCGCUGCUUCAGGACAUUGUGUUCAUUGGGUACGACGAGAACGGACGGUGCAAGGGAACGCCGAAGGAGACUAUCCGUCCGGAGAGACUGAAAUGGGACAUUCCGGCGCCGGCGCUCGAGCAGAUCCAGAAGUCGAUGGUUGUCGCCAACAAUCUGAUCGACGACGUCGAGAUGGCUCUUCUGGUGUGGACGGAUUACGGAAAAGGAUUCGCGAAGAAGCUCCGUGUCUCGCCGGACGCCUUCCUUCAGAUGACCCUCCAGUACACGUACUUCAAAAACCAGAACAAGUUCUCCCUGACUUACGAAGCCUCGAUGACGCGUCUGUUCCGCGAGGGACGUACCGAGACUGUCCGUUCGUGCACCGUCCAAUCCUCCGAGUUCGUUCUCUCGAUGCUCGACGCCAGCAAGACCCCGCAAGACCGUCUUCAACUUUUGCGCAAAGCCUGCGACAAGCAUCAGGAGCUCUACCGCGACGCCAUGUGCGGACAGGGAGUCGAUCGUCAUCUCUUCGCGCUCUACGUCAUCAAACGGUACCUGGAGGAGGAGUCGCCGUUCUUCGACAAGAUCUUCCCGCCGACCUACCUGCUCUCCACGUCGCAAACUCCGAUGAAUCAGUGCGAGGCGGACGCGAAGGGGCUUUCGAACGAAGAACGCCUUCGCCUGAUUACUGCUGGAGGAGGAUUCGGACCGGUCGCCGAUCGCGGAUACGGAGUCUCGUACAUUGUCGCCGGCGAAGACACCCUCUCGUUCCACAUCUCCAGCAAGAGAUCCGCCGAGAAUACUGUAAGUUUACCCCAAAGAAUGGCAUAGUUUCACAUUUUUGCUUUCAGAGCUCGCGUGAAUUCCGUGAAGAGCUGAAGCGCUCGCUCGUCGACAUGAAGAAGUUGGCGGAGGCGAUCGAGAAGAAGAAGUGA